UCUCUUUGUUCCCAAUCUGCGGUCUUCUUUCUGUCCUGCUCAGGUGUGUGCGAGGAAGGAGAGAGACGCCUUUACCUGCUUCCAACACCUGGUUAAUGGAUGAGCCGAGCAGGGCAAGGAACCCCAUUUGCAACCGUCCCGCUUCCCACGCCGCCGCCGCCACCAUGUGCUUCCCUCGGCGCAUCCAUGUCCACCUCUCUGUGCGCCUGCAAAAUGCUCCUUCCCUCUAGCUCCUCUCCCCGUGGGGCCAUGUCACAGGAGGGUGGCGCCCGGCCGAAAGCCAAGCAAGAUGCGGCUCCUGGCGCCCGUCCCGCCAGCCGCUGGAGAGCCCGAGCGAGCCGAUCCCUGGAGAGGCAGAGCCUUUCGCCGUCAGAAGUGGAAGCAGACGGAGCCUCUGGGUCGCCAGAGCCUGUCGGCAAAGGGGUGGGCCGCUCUUUGCGCCAGAAGCUGCAGGCGGCCGUGGGGCAGUGCUUCCCUCUCAAGAGCGCCUCCCGCUCACCGGACCUCUCGGCGCAGCGCAAGAUCCACCUGCGGGAGCUGAUGCUCGACACCUGCCCCUUCCCUCCCGGCUCGGAGCUUGCGCGCACCUGGAACCUCAUCAAGCAGCACACGGCGCCCGUCUCCGAGCAAGAGGCCCUGGCGGCACCGGCGCUGCGCUCCGACGACGAGGACGACCGCCUGCGGGAGCGGCGGCGCAUCAGCAUCGAGCAAGGCGUUGAGCCGCCCCCGGACGCCCUGAUCCACACCUUUGAGGUGACAGCGCAGGUCAACAACCCCCUCUACAAACUGGGGCCCAAGCUGGCGCAUGGUAUGAGCGAACUGGCCGGCGCUGGGUGGGCGGCGCUGGCGGCGGCGGACGAGGAGGACGAAGAGGAGGAGGAAGAGGAGGCGGCUGCAGGCUCCUCUUCCUGCGCCGCGGGGCUGCCGCCCGACGUGCGCAUCCACACCCAGAUCGACUACAUCCACUGCCUGGUUCCCGACUUGCUCCAGCUGACGCAGCUGCCCUGCUACUGGGGCGUGAUGGACCGCUACGAAGCGGAGGCUCUGCUGGAUGGGAAGCCCGAGGGGACGUUCCUGCUGCGCGACUCGGCGCAGGAGGACUACCUGUUCUCGGUGAGCUUCCGCCGCUACGGCCGCUCCCUGCACGCCCGCAUCGAGCAGUGGAACCACAACUUCAGCUUCGACGUGCACGACCCCAGCGUCUUCCAUGCGCCCACCGUGACCGGGCUCCUGGAGCACUACAAGGACCCCAGCGUGUGCAUGUUCUUCGAGCCGCUGCUCUCCGUCCCGGUCAACCGGACCUUCCCCUUUGGGCUGCAACACCUCUGCCGCGCCGUCGUCACCUGCUGUACCACCUACGACGGCAUCGGCCGCCUGCCCAUCCCCAGCACCCUCAAGGCGUAUCUCAAGGAGUACCACUACAAACAAAGGGUGCGUGUCCGGAGGCUGGACGCCUGGUGGAGCUGACCGGGGAGCCCAUGGCUCCCAUUUCCAGCUGGUUGGCGCUCUCUCUCCCACCACUGUCCGUUUGACUCGGAUACUUCUGUCCCCCAGCAGACGUUUUAAUCCAUCCUGCUCCAGGGUUGCGAGCGUGGGCGCUUGCCUCCGCAAACCGGGUUUUGUUCCCGUGGCCAAAUUGCGUGCCUCGCUCUUGAGAGAUCUGGGAACCUACGGGGUGGACAUCUCUUGUAUCUGCAGAAGAGUGGAGAAGCAGGAAUUGGGUGGCGCCGCUGCCAGCAGCUAGGAAGGGACCUUGGAAGCAGCCUUAUAGAGUCUACACUGAUUGGCAGUAGUGGCUGGCCAGGGUUUUGGGCAGAGGACGCUCUGAGCUGGACAUAAAGGUGCCGCUUGGGAUUGAACCUUCUGCAGGCAAAGCAGGUGUUCUGCCAGCUGGAGGACCUCUGCCUCCCCCCCUCCCCGGCCUGUUCUGGCCCAAGCACCCACCCACCCUGCCCCCAGUUCGGGUGCUGCUUUGGCGCUGGCCAGAGGUCAGUCCCUUUGCCGUUUCCUAUUCCACCAAAUGUUUGUGUGUCUGUCAAGUGCAUUAACCGGGUUCUGGGUGCGACCUUUGCCUUUCGAGAAACUUCCAGCCACACGCAGAGUGCUCUCACCUCCUCUUUCCCCGGAAAGCUGCGGUUCCUGCAUCGCUGUGGGUUGGGCUAGAUGACCCCCAGGUGUCCCUUCCAGAUCUGCACUUCUGUGACCCAGUUGUCUUACGCACACUCUUCUUCCCGAGCUCACACCACUGCCGAAUGGGAACCGGGUGGGUUUUGAGUCAGCGACCGACCGUUGUGGGUGGCAGGGGAUAAAUAAAAAAAGCACAAAACUUUAAACACGAGUUGCUUCUUCCAAGACGGGAUUUCGAACAAAUUCCACACAGGAGGGGAGUGGACCAAAACUCUUUUAUUUGGCCCGAGUCCUCCUCUUGACUUGUCUUUAAUCCAUCCCCACAAGCCUGAAUCCUUGGCUGCUGCCUUUGCCCCCAAUGCAAGAGGGGCUGAGGAAUUUGGAAGUGCUGCUCUCAGCUCGUCUUUGCAGGGCCAAGGCAGCAGCUUUUGGCCAAUCCAGCCAAUUUGCCACCAGAUGUUUCCUCCUGCCAAUGUGGAUCAGCCGAGUGGCGAUGCUUUUAGAAGAAUGGACUGCCCAGGUGACGUUUUUUGGGUGGAGGGGCAGGUUGAGUGAAAUCUAGGUCUUGCACUCCCCUCUACUGCCGGAAAUGGACUGCUGCUACUGUCUGUCUAUCUGACUGUGUGUGUGUGUGUCUUAUUAAACAGCUUUCUUUUUUUGUCUA